AUGAGAAUAGAACCUGAAAAUGAAAGUGCAACAAGUGAUAGUGAAUAUUACGGUGCUGGUUGUUCGAAUCAAUCUAAAAUGGAGCAAAACACAACAAAUAGCUCUCCGGAAAGUACAGGACAUCUGGAAUCAUCCGUUGGUUCACAAUCUCGUCUAUCUUACAUGCAUCCAUUCUCAAACCUCUGUACUCCAUCUAUCCUUCCUGUGAUGACGCCAUUUGUGCCUCUUC